AGAUGCUGCCUGACCCACUCACUUACUUUGUUCCUUCAAUUAUUAACCUAGAGCCUGGUUUAUAAAUAAAUAAAUCAACACUGACUGCCAUUGUUUACCAGUGUGACCUGGGUUUCAGUUAAGAGAGGUGAGUUUUACAUUAGUUUCGGCAGGUUUUGCAAUAUUCCGUUUGAAACAGUUAUCCGAUAGUUGAGCAGGUUGUAUUUACUUGUUGAAUCAUUUCCAUGCGAUUUCACAGUCAGACAGUCACACAGCCUGCAUCAAACAGGAGGCAGAGUCGGAAUUAAUGAAGCUGAACUUUCGCCUUUUCUUUGAGUGCACUCUUGUUUAUCUCGGAUGAAUGAUUAAACCUUCUCGCUGCCAUUUUCUCUCUUGUUCCAGGGCUGAAACUACCGGACUAGCCAAGGUUGGAGAGAGAGAGAGCGAGAGAAAGAGAGGGGGAGGGAGAGAGAACCGAAUGGACGGAUAGUUUAACACACAAGGAGUCUGACAAUCCCUGAAUAAUUCUGAAUGUUAUUGGUGAACUCAGAGAGAGAGAAAGAGAGAGAGAGAGAGAGAAAGAGCGAUCGAGAGAGAAGGGGACGGAGAGGAAACAACAACAAUAUAGAGAGUUCCCCCCACACCCACCCAACAACAGAAAGAGAGAGAAAGAGAGAACUCGAUCUUGCCCACUCCCAACACUACAGAGGUGGACGCACUGCGAGUUACAAAGGGCCCUUUCCAGAGCGUGGCCACCAUGUACGGGAGUCGCCCCUACGGCAGCCCCCCUGCCUACAGCCCCACCCAGUACAGCCAGCCCAUGGACAGCCAGCCCGUGGACAGCCUUGAAUACGACGUGCGCUCGCCGCCCCCUGGCUCGUACUACAUAGAGGACAAGCCGCAACACUUCUACAAGUGGAGCUCCCCUCCUGGCAUCAUCCGCAUCUUGGAAGGGAUUGUUGUCAUCUUGUGUCUGGCUAUCUUCGCCUGCGUGGCGUCCACCUUACAGUGGCAAUACGGCUAUGGUUACGGCAUGGGCUUUGGCGGGGGGAUUGGAGGUUACGGCAUGGGAGGCAUGGGUGGCAUGGGAGGCAUGGGCGGAGGCGGCUACAUGGGCGGAAUGGGAGGAGGCGGCGGCUAUGGGUACGGCAUGGGUGGCGGCUACGGCAACAGCUACGGCAGCGGUACCACCAACCCCAGGGCUGCCACCGGCUUCAUGAUCGCCAUGGCUGCCAUCUCCUUCGUCGUGGUCCUCGCCUUCUUCAUCACCAGCGUCAGCAAGUCGCAACGGUCCCGGACCCGCAACUUCUACCUGAUGGUGCUGAUCUUCUCAGCCAUCCUGGGCGGCAUGGAGCUGAUCGCCAGCGUGGUCUACAUCAUGGGGGUCAACCCUAUGGCCGGCAGCGGAGGCUCCAUGUACUACAGCCAAAUCCGCGUGGUCUGCAGCCAAUUCUACUCUGGCAUGGGAGCUAACAUGAUGAUGGGCAAUCAGUACCUCUACCACUACUGUGUCGUGGACCCUCAGGAGGCCGUGGCCAUUGUGUGCGGGUUCAUAGCGGCGCUGGCCUUCUGCAUCAUCGCUUUCCUGGCUCAAAGAGUACGGCAGAAGAUAUGGAAGUACGGAAAGCCCAACAUCCUCUGGGAUAAGAACUUCGCCGACCAAGAAAUGGGGCCAAACGUGGAGGAGUGGGUGAAGACGGUGCCAGCACCAGGUAACGAAGAUGCAGAAACCAUUCAGUUCUCUGAUAAACCGGCCAACGGAGUCAACGUAAUGAGCGUCGCUGAUUAUAACCCACGACCGACCACGUACAACUUGGAGAGUCAAACUGACAGUCCCUAUCAACCCUCCUCUCACCCCUCGGGAAACUACAACUCCACUCCAUCGGAGGAGCCCCCGAGCAAGCGCCCGGCCGGUCGGAAGAAGGGGAAGAGGCGGAGGGGCCGGCCGGAGGUGGAGGAGUCUCAGUACGAGACUGAUUAUACCACGGGGCCAGAGUCCUGCGAUGACAUGGAUGAUGAGCAGUGGGAAAGGUUGUAUCCUCCCAUAACAUCUGCCCCCACCAGGCAGGAGUACAAGCGCGAGUUUGACGCCAACCACCAGGAGUACCGACAACUCUGUGCCGAAAUGAACGAAGUCAAUGACCAGAUUAAUUACCUGAGCAAGCGGCUUGAUGUGGUCACUGAAGAUGACCCCAGCUAUCAGGGAGUUGCUGAGGAAUACAACAGGUUAAAGAACUUUAAAAUGACGUCCGAAUAUCGCAACAAGCGUCUCCAGAGCAAGCGAAUGAAGAGCAAGCUCUCCUACAUCAAGCGGAUGGUCAGCGACUACGACCGUCGGCGAGAGUAGAGCUGAGAGUGGCCACAGGUCUUCCCCUCCCCCUGUCCCCACACCCAGCCAUUGCCCAGAACAUGGAAACUCCAAAUAACCCCUGAAGACUCGAGUGAAAAUCGCAAACACCAUUUGUAAACUCCCUCACGGAACUUGUAACCUGGACCUCAGGAAUCUCACCAUCGUCGAGAGGUUGAAUAAUCCUGAACGCUCACGUCAAGCUGCAGAGCUGGGAACGGUCCCCAGGGCAAACACUCUUCCUCCAUUAGCUUCAACGGACAUUUGGUUCUGAAUGACUCUGGACUAGGAUUGACCUGUGAUGUUCAAUGCCUGUUGAACCCAUGAGCGAUUCCUGGCCCACCUUAUCUCCACCAAGGACCUGAAACUUGCCCGCCUCCAGGCCGCUCCUGACACCGACGUACCGACUGGCAGAGCUGCAUGUCGGGUCAUUGGACAAUGAGAGGAGUCGAUCCACCACAUGUGGUCUGUGGAAGGACUCGGCUGAUGAUGAUCAAUGCAAGUCAUCAUUCGAUCUGCUGUAAAAAUGCUUUUAUAGUUUUUCCUAUUAAUCUAAACUUUAUUCGAAGCACCAGAGAGAAAAUUUUAUUUCUAAACCAUUUUAUGAUAUAAUUAAGAUAUGCUGGGUGCUUCAUAGGAACACAUACGUUCGUAAAUUCAUAGGAGCAGAAUUAGGCCAUUCGGCCCAUUGAGUCCAUUCAAUCAUGGCUGAUCUAUCUUUCCCUCUCAGCCACAUUCUCCUGCCUUCUCCCCUUGGUGCCCUUACAUAUCAAGAACCUGUCCAUCUCUGCUUUAAAAAUACCCAAUGACUUGGCCUCCAUGGAAGUCUGUGGCGAUGAAUUCCACAGAUUCACCACCCUCUGACUGAAGAAAUUC